UAACGCUGGAGAGGAAACCACUUCGCGUUGUUAUCCCAGACAAUUUCUCCCCCUUAUUAUUUACCAAACAGUUUAAUAAUUGUGUCACACACAGGUAAUCUCAAUAAUAUUUAUUUACGUGCUACCUGGUCAUCUGACGAAAAUAUAUUGCAUUUUAUGAAAGGUAGGUCAACUUUAGCUGACUAGCUUAGCUUUGUUGGGCACGUAGGCCCGUCCGUAUGUGAGCACAAAGGCCUUUCAGGCCGCUUUUUCAAGCAUGUAUCCCUCUUGGGGAAACUAUGGAGGCCAUCAACCGCAGAAUUUUAGCGGCCCCGGUCCCCGAAAGCAACAGAUCGGCGGUGCGACGCCUCCGACGGGCGGCUUCGGGGGGUUCGAUGCUCCUGCGGGCGGCUCCCUUUUUUCCAGUUUGCAGGAGCAGCACCGCCAGCAGAUGCAGCAACUGCAGAUGCUCCAUCAAAAACAGCUCCAGUCGGUGUUGCAUCACAACAACACAGCGAGAGAGUUUAGCGGCGGAGCCGCGGGCGGACCGUUCCCUGGAUCGUCAUGGAAGCCCGAGGGACCCGGCAGCACAGACGCUGGUUUCGGUGCUCCAUCGUACUUCAAACAGGGCGAUGCUCAGCCUUUACGAGGCCCGCAGGCCCCUCAAUCCGACCAGCCACCUCCCCCUCCGCCGCAGCCCAAGGACGCGCAGCCGAAACCUCCCCCGCCAGAAUCGGCCUCGGCUAAGACGUCCCCGGGUGAUGGUACUCCGAAAUCAAAAGAGGAUCAACAACAAUAUUGGUACCAUCAACACCUUCAAAAUCUACAGAAGCUGAAGCAUGAAAAAGCCAAACAGAAUCAGGGGGAUGGUCCUAUGCUGCUGCCACCUCCUAUCCAGCAAACUCCCCCUCCUCCAACAGAGUCUCCAAAAAGUGCCCCACCGCCACCUCCCCCUAAAGAGGAACCUCCAGUUCCACCUCCACCCCCUGAGGAGCCGGAAGUCCCUAAAGAUCCAGAGGAGGCUGCCCGUCUGCAGCAGUUGCAGGCUGCAGCAGCCCAGUGGCAGCAAGUUCAACAGCAGAGGGCUGGUAUGCAAUACCAGGCACUCAUGCAACAGCAUGAAAAACUACAGCAUAUCCUGGAAAAGUAUCAACAGUUGAUUCAGCAACCAGCAAAUAUACAGUCGAUGUCUACUGAAAUGCAACUCAGGCAUUAUGAAUUGCAACAACAGCAGUUCACCCCAUUGUUUCAAGAUUGGGAGCACACUUUCAAGCUCUGGUAUGAGCAGUUCCAAACCUAUCCCCACAAGGAUCAGCUUCAGGACUAUGAGCUCCAAUGGAAACAGUGGCAGGAACAGAUGAAUGCCACCCAAGCCCACUUGCAAGAGCGGGUUACCACCCUCCAAGCCAUGGUACCAUAUCCCUCCAGCCAGUAUGGUAGUGGUGUGGUGGGACAGUAUGGACAGUACUCUGGACAAGACGUGCAAAUGCAACAGCAGAUUGCAAGUCCAGGUGUGCAGCAUUCGCCAGGUGCUGUUGGUCCAAGGGCCCAAGGUCCUCGGCCUCCUGGUUUUGGGCCUCAUUCAGAAUCACCUGGUGGACCCCCUGUUAGAGGAAGCAGUCCUGCCGGUAGAGGAAUCAGACCAUUAGGCCCUCCUCCUGGCCCACCGCCGCAAUAUCAAGGCCCCAUGGGCCCACGGCUAGAUGGUCCCAGAGGAAAUAAACCAAGAUUUGACGGGCCCCCAAGGUUUGAUCAACCACAGCAGCGCUUUGAUGGACCCCCCAGAUUUGAUCCACCACAGCAGCGCUUUGAUGGGCCCCCCAGAUUUGAGCCACCACAGCAGCGCUUUGAUGCCCCCCCCAGAUUUGAUCACCCACAGCAACGCUUUGAUAGCCCCUCCAGAUUUGAUAAACCCCAGCAGCGGUUUGAUGGUCCCCCCAGGUUUGAUCCACCACAUCAUCGUUUUGAUGGGCCCCCUAGAUUUGAUCAACCACAGCAUCGCUUCGAUGGGCCCCCCAGAUUUGAUCAACCACAGCAUCGCUUCGAUGGGCCCCCCAGAUUUGAUCAGCCCCCAAGAGGGAACCAGCCUAGGUUUGGGCAACAGCCUAGAUUGGAGCAACCCCAUAGGCAAAUCGGGCCUCCAACUCCUUUGGAAUGCCCCGCUGGAGCUCAGCUAAGAGUAGAGCCAAGUCCCCAGCCUAAGACUGAACUUGUAACUACACCCCAACCAUCCCAUAAUGAUUCCAAAACACCAGUUAAACUGACUGAGCAACCGCCAUCUACAAAAGAAAAUGAAUCAAAAUUGGAUAAGAUAGAAGAGGACUUAGCAGAUGACAACCUUGACAGCGCUGAUGGCUUUUUUGUUCAGAGUGACCCCAUUCCGCAAACAUCACAAACAGGCGAGAAGACUGCAAUACCAGAUGUCAGUAAUGAUUCUACUAGCAAGGAUAAAAUUAAUGAAGUGAGCAUCAAACCCUCUGGAACAGUUCCCAAGCCUUUGCCUCCAAAAAGUACAGCAACAGCACAGAAUAUUUCAAAACCAGGUGGGCAAAUGGCAAAUGACAAGAAUACACCUCAGCAAGGCUUAAAGUCCUCUGGAAUCAAACAGGAGUCACAGCUUCCUGGGAAAGCUCAAUCAAGACUAGAGCCUUCAGAGCCUCUACCUGCAGUAGCACAUGGCAGGGGUCGAGGUCAGCCCCCGAUACCCAUCCAAGGGCGAGGACGUGGGCAGAGGGGCCGUGAAGAUUUUAGGGGUCUAAGCACUUUACCACCUGCUGAAGAAAUUCAUGAAAUGCCCUACGAUUACAUGCCACCACAAGAUGACAUGGAGACAAAUGAAGAACAGGAGCAGUACCAAUGGCAGGAUACUUCAUAUGAGGAGCUAAAUGACGAGGAAACAGAGGUGCACCCUGAACAAGACAUCUGGUUACCAGAGGAACAUCACUUCCCAACAGAUGAGGAGGAGUACUAUGAAGAGCCAAUGAUGGAAGGCAUGCCAAGGGGGAGAGGUGGGCCGCCAUUAGGGAGAGGCGGACCUCCUAGAGGGAGGGGUGGACCUCCUAUGGGACGAGGUGGACCUCCUAUGGGGAGGGGUGGACCUCCUAUGGGGAGAGGAGGACCUCCUAUGGGGCGGGGUGGACCUCCUAUGGGGCGGGGUGGACCUCCUAUGGGGUGGGGCGGACCUCCUAUGGGGCGGGGCGGACCUCCUAUGGGGCGGGGCGGACCUCCUAUGGGGCGGGGUGGACCUCCUAUGGGGCGGGGUGGACCUCCUAUGGGAAGAGGUGAACCAAUGGAUAGGCACUGGGAAGACCCUGAGACAGCAGAAUACUGGGAUGAAGAGGAGCCUUAUUGGGAAGAAAGGAGACCUCCAAUGAGGGGUAUGAGGCCCCCUUUCCCACUUGGUCGUGGUCGCCCCCCACGAGGCCAUCCUGGUUUUAUGCAUCCAGGGCGAGGACGGCCCCCUCACCCACCUCAUGGAGCUGUAGACCAUGAUCCAGUAGGUCCUCCAGUUGACCCAGAUAACACAGAGAUGGAUUCAAUGAAGCCCCCAGUGCAUCGUGAUCUUGAGCCACAUGGCCAUCCUAUGCAUCCUGAUAUGAUAAGAGGCAGGUGGCGUCCACCACCCCCUCAUGACAUGGUGGAUCCCAUGGGGGAGCCAUUGUAUGAUGAAGGCAUGGAGAGAGAAUCUGGCUGGAAUCGCCCCCCCCACAGCAGAGGCCCUCCUCCCCCUCCACACGAGAUAUUAGAGAGGGGAGGGAUGAGAAGACGACCUAUGGGUCGAGUCAUGGGGCGGGGGAUGCGCCACCCAGGUCCACCUCAUGAGGAAUUUGAAGAAGCAUACAGUGAGGGUUUUGUUGAGGAUUAUGGUCAUGGAGAUUACGGGUAUGGCUGGCGGCCACAGCGGGACUAUCCCCACGAUGAAUAUAAAAGAGAGGACCACUGCUUUGACCUUGAGUGGGACAGGGAGCGUGCUCUGCCCGAGAGAGACUACCCUCCCCGCAUUCCACCGCCAGAGCGUAUCAGAGAAGAGUUGUGGUCAGAGGACAGGGAAAGAGGUCGCCCAUACCUGAAUGAAGAUGAUGGAAGAGGGGAGCUGCGGAUACACGAGUAUAAAGAUGAGCCACCAUAUAGACGUGAAGGGCCACCCUACCAACCAGUCCCCACUGGAUGGGAUAGGCCAACCAGACCACCACCACCAAAUCAGAGAGGGUAUCCUUCAGAUUAUGAGGAACGUAGAUCCUACCAUGAGGAUCACAGAACAGAGCCUCCCAUGGAUAUCCCACCUCCACCAACCCUAGCAGCACCUGCUGCCAAGGCACCAGAGACUCCUGUUGAUCCAGCUGCUCAAGGAGCAAGUGGAGGUAGUGUACUCGCACUCUCUCAACGUCAGCAUGAGAUCAUCCUGAAAGCUGCUCAAGAACUUAAAUUGAUAAGAGAACUGCAGGAGAGUAAACCUCCUGCACCAGAGCCUCAGCCUACUGUGCCUGAAGUCAAAUCAGAUCUUGCUGUUGGUCUCCUGGGGUUGGAGAUUCCUCCAGAAGUGAGGUCUGCUCUCAAGGGUAUGGCUACAUCUGGUCAGCCAGCUACUAGUGAUCCAGGAGCUUGGGAUACCAAGCCUGCUUCUGCCAGUUACCAGACACCUUCCUCUACUGCACCCACACCUCAAGUGAUGCCAAAGACUGUAGAUUAUGGGCAUGGGCAUGAACCUGGCGCCACUGUUGAACGGAUCUCAUAUGGUGAGAGGAUUGUGUUGAGGCCUGACCCUAUACCAUCAGAAAGGGCAUACCAAAAAGAACCCCUGGGUGUGAGAGACCCAUACUAUGAAAGACGAUGGCCUGACAUGGAUCGACGGGAAUACAAUAGAGACAGGGAGAUGUACAGAGACAAGCCCCCACUUGAUUAUGAAAGAGAGCGAUUUGAGAGGGAACGCUACUCCUCUAGAGAGGACAGACCCCCACAGGGACCCCCUCCCCGACCAGGCUACAGGGAGAGAGAAAGGGAGGGAAGUCUAAAUCGUGAUCGAGAUGAGCAUUAUGGGAGGCCUGGCUAUGACCGACCCUCAUAUGAACGCGUUGGGCUUGAUCGUGGUGGACCGGAGCGUUACGGCCAUGGCUCCUCACCCUACAUGGACAGGAGGAGUUACCCAGAAGAACGAGGGCCCAGUCCUGCAUCAUCUCUGCCACCUCCACCUCAGCCACCCCCACGGGUGGAGAAGAAACCAGAAAUCAAGAAUAUAGACGAUCUCCUCAAACCACCUGGCAGAUCAACGCGACCAGAAAGAAUUGUCAUCAUAAUGAGAGGGCUCCCUGGAAGUGGAAAGAGCCACGUUGCAAAGCUUAUACGAGACAAGGAAGUAGAUUGUGGUGGUGCCCCACCAAGGGUUCUUGUCUUGGAUGACUACUUCAUGACGGAGGUUGAGAAAAUUGAGAAAGAUCCAGACACUGGGAAAAGGGUCAAAAACAAGGUUCUUGAGUAUGAGUAUGAGCCAGAGAUGGAGGACACAUACAGGAGCAGCAUGCUUAAAACAUUUAAGAAAACACUGGAUGAUGGCUUUUUCCCCUUCAUUAUUAUCGAUACGAUUAAUGACAGAGUGAAACAUUUCGACCAGUUCUGGAGUGCAGCCAAAACCAAAGGGUUCGAGGUGUAUGUGGCUGAAAUAACUACAGACAACCAGACCUGUGCAAAAAGAAAUGUCCAUGGGCGCACAUUGAAGGAUAUCGCAAAGAUGUCCAGUAACUGGGAGCACUCACCACGUCAUAUGGUGCGCUUGGAUGUCCGGUCGCUGCUUCAGGAUGCUGCUAUUGAAGAGGUUGAAAUGGAAGACUUUAAUCCUGACGAUGAGCCCAAGGAGCCCAAGAGAGAGGAGGAAGAAGAGAGUGAUCUGGGCUACAUUCCAAAAAGCAAAUGGGAGAUGGACACUUCUGAGGCAAAACUCGACAAGUUGGAUGGCCUGAUGGGUGGUGGGAAGAGGAAGCGUGAGGGGGAAGGCAUGGCAGAUAUUGAGGACUUCCUUCAGCUGCCAGAUGACUAUGCCACACGCAUGUCGGAGCCGGGAAAGAAAAGGGUUCGAUGGGCUGAUCUUGAAGAGCAGAAAGAUGCUGAUAGAAAGCGGGCUAUUGGAUUUGUAGUGGGUCAGACUGACUGGGAGAGAAUAACUGAUGAGAGCGGCCAGCUGGCACAGAGAGCUCUCAAUCGUACUAAGUAUUUCUAAGAAGAGAAUGUCACUGUCCUAUUCUUGUCCAUUCAUUAACAGGUUCACAAUGUGAAAACCCCAAGUCUCAUCUUUGCUGAAACGUCAAACGAAGAUAUUACUGUACCCAUUAUUGUUCCCAGAGAUAGGGUUAAAAUGCAAGUUUCUUUGUGUUUUGAGUAUUCUUGAUAGAUGGAAUUGUAGUAUUUCAACUGGUAUGUAUUUCGUAUUUGUUUGCUUUGCUAAGGUUUUAUAUUAUUCAAGUUCUGUGUAUACCUGUAGCUCUCGCACCGUACAAUUUUGAAUUUGAACAGAAUAAAAGAAUUUCAGUUAU